AUAAGAUUACUAUCAUCCUGGAGCAAGCAACAAAAAUUUUUUACCAAGAUAACAUCAAACAGUUUGAUGCUCCAACUUACAGUGACAAGUAACAUGUCUUUUAACGGUUUAUUUGUUGUUAUAUUUUUGACGAAAAUUAUUGUAAUUAUUUCACAAGAUACAUUACAAUCAGAUGGAUCAGCAAAAAUCGGUGAUGCUUGUGAAAGAGAUUAUCAAUGUAUUAAAAAUGCAUUUUGUCGUGUACAACAAACUUGUCUAUGUGAUCCAUUUUAUUCACCUAGUACUGACAAGACAAUGUGUCAUGCAACAUCUGGAACAGCAUGCCAAGAUCAACGUGACUGUUUGACCAUGUCAAAUGCCGAAUGCAUUCAGGGUGUUUGCACUUGCAAGGAUAAUUUUAUUCUUGAUAUUAAAAAUUCAUCAAAUUGCAUCAUAAGACCAGCAAAAGAGGGUGAUCGUUGUCAAAGAUCAGAUGAAUGUACAGAUGCACUAGACAGAUCUCAUUGUAUUGAUGAAAAAUGCAAAUGUUUUGGAGAUUAUAAAUUUAUAAAUGAAACUGGAAAAUGUAUAGAAGUUAAAGGUCCAUAUCAACCAUGUAAAUAUAAUUACGAGUGCUAUGAUAAAUAUUCUCCAGAUGGUUUGAUUUGUAAGGAUGGCAAAGAAUGUGCUUUUAAAAAUUUUACUAAUAAAGUUUCAAGCUGGGGAUUACAAAACAAAGUAUGCGUUAUCAUUUUGUCACACACGACAAACAGGUACCCACUUGGUUUUAAAAAACAGGUAGAUUAG